CGACACGCAGGUUGCUUUCUGCACCGCCUAACUGCUGGGAACAGACAAUGAUGUCGGAGCAGGAGGCUCUGAAGUGCUCCAGCGCAAGGAACCGUGGUGGAACGCAGCGGGUGGAAGGGAAACUGCGAGCCAGUGUGGAAAAGGGAGAUUAUUAUGAGGCUCACCAGAUGUACAGAACCUUAUUUUUUAGGUAUAUGUCACAGGCAAAGCAUGCAGAUGCCAGGGAGUUGAUGUACAAUGGCGCCCAGCUCUUCUUCAGCUACAACCAGUUAAACAGUGCUGCGGACCUGUCAAUGCUGGUACUAGAGUCUUUGGAGAAAUCUGAGGCUAAGGUAGAGGAUGAAGACUUAGAGCGCUUGGCUACAUUGUUCAGUUUGAUGGACCCUAACUCCCCAGAGAGAGUAGCUUUUGUGUCCCGCGCACUCAAGUGGUCCACAGGGGGCUCUGGAAAGCUGGGCUCCCCCAAACUGCACCAGCUCCUGGCAGUCACCUUGUGGAAAGAACAAAACUACAGUGAGUCUCGAUACCAUUUCCUGCACUCGUCCGAUGGUGAGGGCUGUGCCCAGAUGCUGGUGGAGUACUCGGCACAGCGGGGCUUCCGCAGUGAGGUGGACAUGUUUGUGGCGCAGGCCGUCCUACAGUUCCUCUGUCUAAAGAACAAAAACAGUGCGUCUGUGGUGUUCAGCACAUACACGCAGAAACACCCCUCAAUAGAGAAGGGCCCGCCCUUCGUGCAGCCCUUGCUCAACUUCAUCUGGUUCCUCUUGCUUGCAGUGGAUGGAGGGAAAUUAACGGUGUUCACCGUGUUGUGUGAGCAGUAUCAGCCUUCCCUGAAGAGGGACCCUAUGUAUAAUGAGUAUCUCGACAGAAUAGGACAGCUUUUCUUUGGGGUGCCGCCCAAACAGUCCUCAUCCUAUGGUGGAUUGUUAGGUAAUCUGUUGAACAGCCUGAUGGGCUCGGGCGAGGAGGAGGAGGGAGAAGAAGCACAGGAGGAUGGCAGCCCCAUUGAGCUGGACUGAGAGCACAGGGGUGAGCAAGGCUAACCCCCCCCCCCCCCCCCCCCAACACCCCUUCACCUAUCUGGGGGUAGCAGAGGCGUGCUGGCCCCCCACCUCCCCCUAACAUCCAACCAGAACCGUAACAAAGAGCAGGCCAAACAUCCCUCUCAGCACUGCCUGGACUGCGCCAAAAUGCAAACUUUUUCCGUUUUGAGUUCUAUUAUUUUUUUUGUUUUUAUUUUAAAUGUUUUUGUUUCUUAGUUUUGGACAUUUUUCUGUGUAGGUUUGGAUUUUUUAAAUGACGAGAGCAGCUGCAAUCUUUCCUUCUUGGACUUAUUUUCUCUCAUCCCCAUGGACAGAAAAUAUUCAGUUAAUUUGUCAUAAUUUGACUCCUUAAAGUCAUCCUGGGAUACAGCAACAACAAAAUCCCCUUGUUUUUGUAGGGAGUUUUCUUUUUUCUUCUCCCCAUGCAUCCACCACAGGUGGAGGUAGAAAUAUGUAUUAAAUAGUUUCUGUAAACAGCUUGUAAUCCAUGUAAAAUGUUCAAUAAUAACUGAGUGAUGGAAGUGUGGUGAGCUGCAUAGCGAGAAAUACCUGACUGGCAUCGUCCACCUGGCUGCAAGUAAAAGCCAGACUUGACCACUACACAUCUGUUACCGUAUGGGAUAUUACAUGUUUGUUUGUUGAACUUCGGAGGGUUAGAUGGGUAUGCUCAGAUCAUAUACCUAGCUGUGUGUGUGUGUGUGUGUGCGUGUGCGUGCUGAUGAAUGUAUUUGUCAUGCUCAUGUGAAUGCUCAUCCGUUCUGUUAAAUCUUCUAAUAUAUCGGACACUUCACCCCACAGAUAAAUUUUGAGGUGGUGUCUGCUCCAUUUUGUCGGUCCACCUGUUUUACUGAGACCAGGCAUACAAAGCGAACAAAAAAUUAAACGACUUAAAAGAAACUCUCUGCCUACAGUACAAUUAUAUUGUCUAUCCAAAAGCUUAGUUAUCUUAUUAGGUUGUGCUUUCAUUCAAGUCUGUCUGGAGUGCUGUUAAGCCAGUUCAUAAAACAUUUUGUUACACUACUGUACAUGUUUUGGAAUUUUCUUAGAUUCAUAUUUCAAAAAAAGAGUGGUGUGAAGAGAACUGUCUUCAUCUGUUUUAGAUUUAUAAGUGCUAUUUGGGUGAAUCUUCCAAGCUACUCACAGUCACAUCCUUGAGGUGUUCUGAUUAAGUUAAAUCUUUGAUAUAAUCGCCAUGAUGUCCAAGAAAAUAAGAACACUGGUUAAACUUUUUUGAUGCACUCAAGUAGCCAGCAUAGCAUAAAGGCCUGAAUGUAUUAUUCCUCCUACAGUUUGAGUUGUAUGUACAGUUGUCUUCUUUAAUUAGUCAGUAAACAGACUGUCCAUGAUGUGUUAAUGCACAGAAUGUUUAGGGAAUGACGGUUGUGCAGGCUGUAUGACCAAAAGCUUUUAGACAGACCAGGGCUCUGGCGAGCAAGCCAGCAUGUUGAACAUAAGUUUCUUUUUGAUAAUUUCAUUUGAAUGCAAAUGGGGGUUGUUUGCCUUGUAAAUUAUUCACUAAUUGAGUAAAUAAACACAACUGAUAAUUA